CUUUCCAAAUUUUUAAAGUGAGCGUCAAAGAGAUUUCAAAUCCCAGGGACCAUAAUAGUAAUAAAAAACUGUCCAAACCGAAACGCAAUCCCUCCAAAAAGUGACACGUACAGUGACACCCACCACUCUGUCUUUAAAAACUUGAAGAAACACCGAGAGACAGGCCUGCAAAAGCGGGAACCAAACCUCUUCACCACCACUAACUGUUCUUUCUCCGCCGCCAUAAACCCACCUCUUCUCUUUUCCCGGCGAUCCACUUCUUUCGCAGCGACCCUUUUCUCUGGUCUUCACAUACAUACAAGCCUUUCACAGACGGCACAAGAGAAAUGAAAGAGAAAUGAAAGAAAAAACAGAGAAAGAGAUCAGAGGUUGAGAAAAUUCGGGGUUUUCGGGUUUUCUUCAAUACUCUGUCCGACCCAGAAACCAUUUUUCGAGUUUUUUUUUACAAAGAAAUAAAAUUUGAGGCUUUUGAGCAUUUGUUUGAACGAAAGUUUGAAGCUUUUUUGUGGGUUCGAUCAGUUUCUGGGACUCUGAAGGUUAGAUUAUAGCGGUUAAUAUUCCAAAAUUACAGAUAGGUUGAGUUUUGUGGUGAAUUUGGUUUUCUUUAGCAACGAAACUCUAAUGGGUUCGUUUGUGUACGUUGUUUGAUAGCAUAGAGUGUCUAGAAAUAAAAACUAAAAGAAAAAUAAGAACAAGAAAAACAGAGAGAAACAGAGAGAUGGAGCAGAAAGGCAUUUUGCUGUCGGCUUUGGGUGUGGGGAUGGGAGUGGGAGUUGGGCUUGGGUUGGCUUCGGGUCAGACAAUGAGCAAAUGGGCCGGAAACGACACCCUCUCCAAUGCCCUUACGCCGGAUAGGGUCGAGCAGGAGUUGCUACGACAGAUCGUUGAUGGCAGAGACAGCAAGGUCACCUUCGACCAAUUCCCCUACUACCUCAGUGAACAGACUCGAGUAUUGAUAACCAGUGCUGCCUAUGUCCAUCUCAAGCGCGCUGAGGUUUCGAAGUACACACGCAAUCUUUCUCCCGCAAGUCGGGCUAUUUUGCUCUCAGGGCCUGCUGAACUAUACCAACAACAACUUGCCAAGGCUUUAGCCCAUUACUUCCAGGCGAAGUUGUUGCUCUUAGAUGUGACAAAUUUUUCUCUAAAGAUUCAGAGCAAAUAUGGCAGUUCCAACAAAGCAUCUUCUUUUAAAAGGUCCACUUCUGAGGUGACACUAGAGCGGUUGUCUGGUCUGUUUGGAUCAUUUUCAAUCUUUCCUCAAAGGGAGGAACCCACAGGCACAUUACGAAGGCAAAACAGUGGUGUGGAUAUUCGAUCAAGUAUGGUAGAAGGUUCUAGUAAUCCUUCAAGGCUUCGUAGAAAUGCUUCUGCUUCAGCAAAUAUUAGUAACCUUGCUUCUCAGUCCACUCCCGCAAAUUCAGCUCCACUUAGGCGCACAAGCAGCUGGUCUUUUGAUGAGAAGCUUCUUAUACAGUCCCUGUACAGAGUUUUGGUUUUCGUCUCAAAUACCUGCCCCAUUGUGCUGUAUGUUAGGGACGUUGACAAGCUCUUAUCUAGAUCACAGAGGAUAUACAACUUGUUCCAGAAAAUGUUGAAGAAAUUAUCUGGAGCUGUGCUGAUCCUUGGUUCACGAAUUGUGGAUCUGGGUGAAGACAACAGAGAGGUUGAUGAGAGGCUUACUGCUCUUUUCCCUUACAACAUUGAAAUCAGGCCUCCUGAAAAUGAAUCCCAUCUUGUCAGCUGGAAGACUCAACUAGAGGAAGAUAUGAAAAUGAUUCAGGUUCAGGAUAACAAAAACCACAUCAUGGAAGUACUUUCAUCUAAUGAUCUUGAUUGCGAUGAUCUGGGUUCGAUCUGCAUUGCAGACACAAUUGAUAUUAGUAACUAUAUAGAAGAGAUUGUGGUAUCAGCAGUUUCUUAUCAUUUAAUGAAUAACAAAGAUCCUGAAUACAGAAAUGGAAAACUAGUCAUUUCGUCCAAGAGUUUGUCCCAUGGAUUAAAUAUAUUCCAGGAGGGCAAAUAUAGUGGCAAAGAUACAUUGAAGCUGGAAGCAAAGGCUGAAACACUUAAGGAAGCAGGAAUUGAAGGGGCUGUUGGUGUGAAUUUAGAGACAAAAACUGAAUGUGCUGCUCCCGAAAACAAAAGUGGUGCAGAGACAUUAAGUUCAGCGGCAAAAACAGAUGCUGACAAUCCAAUUCCAAUAUCAAGAGCUUCUGCAGAACUCGAUAAUGAAUUUGAGAAGCGCAUAAGACCAGAGGUCAUACCAGCAAAUGAGAUUGGUGUAACAUUUUCUGAUAUUGGUGCCUUGGAUGAGAUUAAAGAAUCCCUUCAGGAAUUGGUAAUGCUCCCUCUGCGGAGACCAGACCUUUUCAAUGGAGGCCUGUUAAAGCCUUGUAGAGGUAUAUUGCUAUUUGGCCCCCCUGGAAGUGGGAAGACUAUGCUGGCGAAGGCCAUUGCCAGGGAGGCUGGAGCAAGCUUCAUUAAUGUUUCUAUGUCCACCAUUACCUCUAAAUGGUUUGGUGAAGAUGAGAAAAACGUUCGAGCUUUGUUCACCCUGGCAGCCAAAGUCUCUCCAACCAUCAUCUUUGUAGAUGAGGUUGAUAGCAUGCUCGGGCAGCGGACAAGAUUUGGAGAACAUGAAGCCAUGCGAAAGAUAAAGAAUGAAUUUAUGACUCAUUGGGAUGGGCUCUUGUCUAAUCAAGGAGACCGAAUCCUUGUUCUUGCUGCUACUAACAGGCCAUUUGACCUUGAUGAAGCAAUUAUCAGGCGUUUUGAACGGAGAAUUUUGGUGGGGCUACCGACUGUGGAGAACAGAGAAAUGAUUUUGAGAACUCUGUUGUCAAAAGAGAAGGUGGAAGCACGACUAGACUUCAAGGAGCUGGCAACUAUGACUGAAGGAUUUAGUGGAAGUGAUCUUAAGAACUUGUGUACAACAGCUGCUUAUCGACCAGUUAGGGAGUUGAUACAAGCAGAGAGAAAAAAGGAUCUGGAGAAAAAGCAGAGAGCUGCAGGAGGACAAAAUCCACAAGGUGGUCCUAGUAUAAAUCAAGCCCAGUCUUCGGAAGGGCAGAAUCCAGAAGCUGUCCCAGCAACAGAAGAACAUAAAGAGGAAAGAGUGAUCACCCUCAGGCCUUUAAAUAUGGAAGACUUUAAGCAGGCAAAAAGUCAGGUUGCAGCUAGCUUUGCAUCUGAGGGAGCCAUGAUGAAUGAAUUGAAGCAGUGGAAUGACCAAUACGGGGAAGGGGGUUCGAGAAAGAGAGAGCAGUUAACUUAUUUCCUAUGAGACUGUUUGUAAAAACUACACAUUUUCUUCAGUCAGCUUUGAGUAUCAACAAACCCUUCUUGUUCCUUCAGUUCUUCCUGGCAGAGAUAAGUCAGUGGCCAAACUUGAAGAGUUGAACAAACAAACUCGACUGAAGCAUUUCCACGGAGGCAGUUUUAGUAAGCGAAAGGGAAUGAGCUUUCUAGUAAUCUGCUAGGGUUUAUAAAGGACAUGCUUAGAACGCUACUUGGUUUUGUGUUGCUGCCACAUUCUGUGAAUAAGGUGUGAAAAUGAUCCCUUAUCUGGACUGCUGUGAACUAUGUUUAAGAACAAACUUUAGUAGCAGCUGUAUUUUCAUGUGUAAUAUUAAUAGGCGGAAUGCCUUGAGUGUUUAGAUAUCUAACCAUAUAAAGCUUUCACUU